AUGUCGGUAUCUGACUGCCUCAUCUGCCCUUCUCCCAGAGUCAGUUGGUGGCACGACGCAGCAACCAUCUACAGCCUAACUUCACUUUUACUUGACACCUUUUUCCACUUGCUCGUCAUGUCAUAUCAGAUGCAGGCUCAACGCGACCAGAACUCCAAAGCUGCUCCGCCCACGGGCAGCACAACAUCGUCAACCCACCGAGUGCGGGCCAUACUAGAAGAUGGCCGCGACGCCAGCCAGCUCAGCCCCAAGUCUCGGCAGUACCUCCUCAACUGGGAGAAGCGUCAUCGUGCGAAGACGGUGAGCGAUCUCUCACAGGUUCCGACAGAGGACAUCCGGUCCACGGCAAGCCAGAUGGAGCCAGAGCUUGUGUCCCGCAAGGAGCAGCAGCUUCUUGAUGAGAUCGAGGCCAACCCCGAGAUGCAGGCAUCUUUCUUGCUGUUCAAGCAGACAAGUGGUCAAAAUGGAAAAGUUCAACCCGAGCAUGCCGCAGCAAGCUCACACAGGCAGGUCGGCCAGGCGCAUGACCGUGGUCAAGCUUUGAGGGCUCAGCAACUCAAGGACGCCAACGAUCAUGACAUCCGCCAGAUGGAAGAGGCACUGGAGCAGAGAGUGCAACACUUCAAGCAGGCACUGGCCUGGGACAUUGAAGUUCAUCGACUGAAUGCCAAGAUUCAGAGUCGCCGUCUUGAGGCUGUGGCUGCGCGUGAGAGUCAGUAA